GUUGAAGUGAUCGGGGAUUGAUGGUUGUUGGUUAGGGGAAUUUAGCGUCGCCGCCAGCUACGUUCCUUCCCCAAUUCACACCACACCACAUCACACACGCAUGUGCGGCAAUCAACUCCCCCGACUAAACUGCUCGUCCCCAGAUGGCAACAAACGACGUCUUAGAUGAUGACCCGGGCAACACGAACGGCGUCUUAGAUGAUGGCCCGGGCAACACGAACGGCUCGGACUCGGACCACGGCGCGGCUUCCAUCAAUCGGAUACGGCUCGACGCACAGAGGCGCUCCGCGCACCACUCCCUUAGCGAGUAUCUGGUCAUCCGGCGCAGGAUCUUGUCACGACGCGCGCCCACCACUCAACCGCCGUCCGAGGAGUCCGACGCGCGAUGGAUCCGCAAGUUGAUUCGCGACACCAUGAGCACGAGCUCGGGAGGACGCAGGGCGGGCAGCGCGUCUGAAUGUUGCUGGGACUGCUCCUCCCGCCGGCAGGCCAGGCGGAUUUCUGGUAUCGUUACGUUCGAGGUGCAGUCUGGGCAGUCUUCGGUCUAUGCGCAGUUUGCAGCUGUUUGCAUGGAUUGAGAACAGCACUCGCCGUUUGGCUCCGGAGGCUGGUGUCUGUUGUGCAGGAGGGCGCAGAGAACGAGCUAAUACCCCAGUUCGAGUUGGGCCCAUUGGCAAGCAGUUUGUCGUUUUGGGGCUGGUCGAUAUUACAAUUCAGCCCGAGCCAUCUAUUUGGCUAGUGAUG